UCAGCAGCCUUUAACGACCAGAAGAAGAAGAUCAACAGGAACCGUCAGCAAACAGAAAUGGCUACAGGAGUGGAUCAAGCAGUUGGCAUGAGCCUUGUUGUCUUCAGCCUCCUGCUGUUUACAUACUACUCUGUCUGGAUCAUCGUUCUGCCUUUUGUGGACAGCGAUCAAGCACUGCACAAAUAUUUUCUUCCUCGGGAAUACUCCGUCAUUCUACCUGGCAUCGCAGCAAUAAUCCUGCUCCUCUGUAUAGGAGCCUUCACUGCAGUUAUCAUGUGGAAGAAUCACAAGCCAAAGAAAGUGGACUGAUGUCAGGAUGUUACUGUACAGCACAUGUUCACCCUUAUAAAGUUAUACUUUUUAAAAAGAA